UGAAGGCUGGGAGUUAAUCACUUGAGCGGCACACGCCAGUUCUAUGGGAGCACAUGUUGUACACUGGCUCCCCCGGGGGGAGAGGGAGGUCCCAAAACACACUCACACACACAGAGUUGGAUUUACAUGUCAGUUAUAAUGCAAAGCUGGGUACAGGCCAACUAGAGAGUCCCACCCACUCCACAGAACAGUUAGUAGGUUUGCAUAUGCUGCUGGUUCAUUCAAGGGCAUACACACUCACAGACGAACACACAUGUUUGCCUCUUCACUUUCUCCAGGACUGGAUAGAUGACUCAGGAGGGGCCUUGCUAGAGAUGGAUGUUUGAUUGAUCUGGCAAUGGAGCUACUGACAGACUGACUCCUCUGGGGUCAUGAGCUGUGUCUUCCCUUCAAUUCUGUGUAACUUUACCACCUGGACUUCCGCCCCACCCUCUCCUCAUCUAUGCCUGCAGGAUCAUGGGCAGUGUCAGCAGCCUCGUCAACGGCAACAGCCUCAACAGCAAACACUGCAAGGCGUCUGAGCAUAGGUUAAAGAAGGGAACAAACCCUCAUAGAAAGAGUGGAGGUUGCAGUCUUGACGAGUUACUGAAGUGUGGCUUUACUCAGGGCUCCUCGUCCACCAUUCAACCCUCUAAGGGCCUGUCCCACUCCCGGUCAGGACGAAGCGAAGAUUUUUUUUACAUCAAGGUGAACCAUAAAUCAAGAUCAGGGUAUCACAGAGGAGGACCAAUGGAAGAUCAUGCAGGAGGAAAGAACCGAGAUGGGGAAUCAGAUGUGCGACUGCAACCGAAACGGCUGCUUGUGUCAGGAAAAAUGGCCGAAAGGACCUCUGCUGAGAAGUCAUUGGUCCGUUCUACUGCCUUCAAGCCUGUGAUUCCCAGGAGUACAUCCUCCACAGAGACAGUCCACAACAGCCUGGACCACAUCCUUCGUCCUCUGGAGAAAGCAAAGAGUUCAGACACUAGACACAAGCAAGACACCUUCUCAGGGACUCUCUCCGACUCUGGACGUAACUCUAUGUCUAGCCUGCCCACCCACAGCACCAGUGGCAGCCUAAGUGCUUCCACGGGCCCCGUCAGUCACAGCGAUGGCAGCUCAGCUCCCGCAAACAGCCUCAGCAAAGGAGUGCAGCUCAAUUUCCCUCCAUGGGUCAACGGGAAUAGCACUAACCUUGACUGUAGCUACAGGGCUGAUUUAAAUAGGUUGGCAUCUAAGGCUAAUGGGGAUGCUGGCUCCCCACUUUCUGCAGAUGAGCCAAGCGUUCUCUCUGAAACUGCAGGUGGGAUUCGGUCCCCUAUAACUACAGAUGAGUCACUGAUUGAACGUUUGGAACAAAGGCUGCUGGAGAGAGAAUCUGAACUGCAGGAGCUACAGGUGAGUUUUGAAGAUAAGGAGGAAGACACUUGUCAGCUGUUUGAGGAACGACAAAAGUACUGUUCUGAGGAGAUGGAGGGGCUGAAGCAGCGAUGCUCCACAAAGCUGCGGCAAGUGUCCCAAAUUGCUGCAAAAAACCAGCAGGCACUCCAGCUGCAGGUCAGCCAGCUCCAGGCGGAGAAGGAGACACUUCAGGAGGAUGUCGCAAAGCUAAGCCGAGAGAAGGAUCUUGUUGAGCUCAGGCUGGGGUAUUAUGCGACAGAGAGCACACAGCUUGCUCCAACACUCGAGGAAACUCAAUGGGAGGUGUGCCAGAAGACAGGAGAGAUCUCUUUGUUGAAGCAGCAACUGAGAGACUGCCAGGCGGACGUCAAGCGCAAACUAAACGAGAUAGUCAGCCUCAAGGGGUCACUGAAGGAAAGCACAGCAAAGAUGGAGACGCUCGAGAGACAGAAUAAAGACCAUGAGGACAAACUUCACACUCGCACCAUAGAGGUUGAGGUGUGCCAAAAUGAACUUCAGCGCAAGAAGAAUGAGGCUGGUUUGCUGAGAGAGAAAGUAGGCAAACUGGAGAAAGACAUUCAGGGAAUGAAACAGGAUCUGGCCAUGGCCAAAGAGCGGAGGCUGCAGCACAGUUUGCAACUUGAGGCCCAUGCCCAGACUCAGGCCUUGGAAAGACUAAACCAAGGCUCAGACCCUCCCGCCCAGGGCCAGGGGGAGGAAACCAGCAGACAAACCGCCACAGAAUCACUCCAGAGAGAAGUGGAGAGAAUGAAGCAGCAGCUCAGGGAGGAGAAGGACGCACAGGAGAGACUGGCCAACAGCUUUGAGCAGGAGAGGCUAACGUGGAACAAGGAGAAAGACAGAGUCAUCAAGUACCAGAAGCAGCUGCAGAUCAACUACCUGCAGAUGCACAAGAAAAACCAGGACCUGGAGAGGAUCCUGAAGGAGCUGACCGCUGAACUGGAGAGCCGGACAGAACUCGGCAUGGACAACUACAGCUCAGGGUUACAAACAUAUGAUGAUGUUAUUGCCACAGAGAUUUGAUGGGAGCACUUAGACGCUGGGCACUUGACUAUUUUUUCACCACAGAUAUUUAUGAUAUUGUAACAGCUGGAGAUCAUUCACCGCUAGUUAGUGUUUUACACGGAUUAUUUAAUAGAAUGUGCAUAAAUUAAAAAACAUAGUUUUAAUUGUACUGUGUUUUGUGCCCUUGACACAAAACACAGUACAAUUAAAACCUUUUGAGAUGCCACUGUUAGUAAAUACUAAGUUAUUUCAUUUCUUUUGUUUUUACCAUGCUGUCUUACAGGAUCAGCAUGGUGUUAGUUGUUCAAUGAUACAGGGCAGACAAGCUGAUUUAUCUGUUUUAUGAUUAAUGUCUGAUGGUAACACACGAUAAGCAUGACAGUGGCUUUACAUCUGUCCCUUCCAGCAUGGCAAAUGGCAGUGAUGUAUCAUCUGUAUCCACGUUAUUGUAUACCCUCCACACGAUCCAUUCUUAGGGGGUCUGAGCAUGGAAAAAGGUUUUAUACUACUUUAUGAGUAACAAUACACAUGUCUUAUGAUAUGAAUAUUUGUUAUUCCCACACAAAGGUGUUUUGUACUUCAAAACACAUGUUCAAAUCAUUUUAAGCCGUCGUGCAUUUUCACCCUUAAAUUCAAUUCAACAGUGAAUAUUUUAUUCAGUAUGCACUACACUGAAGUCCAUUUAUUAUGUUAUAUCAUCUGUAUGUUUUUUGUAAUUCUCUGAAUCUUGUCACACUCAACAUUUCUGUUACUGAGGACAUUUCAUUGAUACAGUAAAUUCAUCUUGCAAGGCAACACCAUUACACGUGUCAAUGCAGGUGCCACACACGCUCUUAAUAUCACUCAAAUAACAACCAUCCCUCCUCCACUGAGCAGAUAUAUUAUUGAUAGAUGAAUAGAUGAUAGAUGUCAUUGUAGUACAGGCUGACUGUGUUGAUGAGGUUUUAAGGGUUGUUAUCUAAUUGUGUCAUUUAAUUGAAUCCAUCUACACACUUGAGCAUGAAAGCAGGACUUUGUUAAAGCAAGCCUUAUGCCUGAACCUGUUCCUGAUGUAGAAAUGCACAUAAUACGGUAGAAAUUAGAAAGCCCCUCUGACAGAUACCAAGGGCAAAUGCAAAUGUUGGGAUCCACUUUGUUGCUGUGUGUGUUUUGAGAGAGAGAGAGAUUAAAUGGGGCUGGAGAGAAUGCAAUAAAAUCUAAUAUUUUAAGAGAAGAACAAGUGGGAAAAGGAAGAUGUCCCUGUUUUGUCUAUCUCCCUCCCUACAUUGUUCAUCUAACUUUGUGAGAGUUAGCUGGCACUGCUCCACUUGGAGACAAACAAACCUUCCUAGCAGCAGCAGCCCCGGACAUUUGGCUCUGCUAUUUUGGAGCUAUUCCAUUUCCCACAAGGGCAAAGUAGUUUGUGAAGCAAAACUUUAACUACUCCACCCACUCAAUACUCAGGGGCUCACAACAAUCAGGCAGAAAUAUAUGCACACACUGCGCUGGUCAAGAAUGUGUGGCCAUCUCUGUAAUGAGGCUGCUUGAGAUUGCUCAGCUACCCACCAGUAAAUUACAUUACCACAGCAGGUCAGGAGAGAUUUGGAGGCAGCCCGACUAAGUGGAACCUAGGUGAGGUGCUAUAACCAGUAGCACUCCGAUUCCGAUAAGUGUUUCACAGCCCUUACCUUGGUCCUUAGAACAUAAAAGUGGUCAAAUGGGGAAGUAGCAAAAGGAUGGCUGAUAGUCCAGCUGUGACACUGGUGAAACCUCUUGGAAUACAAUAUACACAAUCAAACUCUUGUACACUUUGGGGGGGGAAAGCCUCAGUGAAAGAGGCUGUGCUGGGAGGAAAUUGGAAAUAAGUACCAACAAACAUGCCAGGGUGCAAACAUGUGUGAUUCAAAAAGCAGCAAAUGUUUGUAAUUUGUGCAGCAGUGCUCGUUCUACCUCUUGAGGCUCUUCUUGCCAGAAGCAGAUUCAUUUGUUGGACGAAUCAUUCUGCUUUUUAAUGAUUAGUUAUACUGUACUUUAAUGCACUUGAAAGACACACGGGUGAAUACUGUUGGUUAAGCACACCACACCACACCUCAUUGGAGAACACUGCUGUAAAUGUAAAGAUGUAUUAGAUCUGGUUCAUGCUUGUUCUAUAACGUCGCAAGCAAAUGCUGGAUUUAUAAAUAAAUAUGAAUAAUGUUGAAAUAUU